UGGAAAUAUUAUCCUUGGCUUUAAUUAGUGUAGACUCGAUCUUUAAAGUAUAAAUAACUUACAAAGGUAGAGCUUUUAUAUUUUAUUCUUUUUCUAUACGCAAUUCCCAAUGUAUACAAUCCUUUUUAACAUCCUCUUAUUAUCAUCAGUUAUUACUGCAAGCCCUGUCUUAAACAAACGGGAUGACAAUAGUACAUCCACUGUUGACAAUACCAAUUAUAAUUCUACCAACAUUCAAGUCCUCUCUGACACACAGUUCUGUUCUUUUCUUCCUGGUACCCCUGGUCAAGAUGUGGCUACUACUGAGAAGCAAGGAAAGCCAUUCUGUACAGAUUCUUCCCUUGGUGGAUACACUUUCCCCUCUGGUCUUAUCUUAACCGCUCACUAUCUCAAGACAGACAGCUACUCUCAAGUAACAGGUACUUUUGACCCAUCUGUAUACAAUCUAUCUUCUACGGAUAAUGGAGGUCAAUAUGAUAACAGGGACCAAAGCCAGCAUAAAUGUAAUGACCUUGAUUAUUUUGUAAACUUGAUUGAACCUAAUGGCGGUACCUUUUGUAUUCGAUGCUGUGAAUCUCAAGCUGACUGUAACAUUGGUAUUUCUCAAGAUGGCUGCAGAAAGGUUGUUCCUGGAGAUUACAGCUAAUUAAUAUAUUUUUAUUACUUUUUAUAGUAAAAAAGUAUUUAUUUGUGUAGUUUAUAUUGUGUGCCAAAGAAUAAAUUUAGCUUAUAAAACCUGUAUAAUAAUACAAGUUUAGACUUAAAUAACAAUAUAAGCAGUUUCUUGAUGUCGUACUUGUACCUCGAACUAUUUACACACCAUGACUAUUUGUGUUGCUCAGCAAGACACGUUUUGACAUGUAAACUGCUUAUGAUGACGGUGCAGGUAUUAUGACAGUCAAGUAAAAA